AUGGGUAAGUCACAGAAAAAACGCCAGAUGAGGCGACACAACCCGAUGCGAGUACCAGACUCGCACUUGCCCAAAGGCCUCGCGUCCGCGUCCGCGUCGUCCUCCAAGAACGACGCGAUACUGCCUAUAAUCCAGAAGAUGGAAAAUAUCGAUCCGUCCGAGCGCAAGUGGGCGUGCGUCGCGGUCUCGAAUAUUAUCCAGAACGACCCUGCUAGUAGAAGAUUGCUGCAGGGCAAAAAUGUUGUCGGUGCGCUGAUCACGCGUCUAACAGACAGUGAAGAAGAGGUUGUCGUGGAAGCUGCGGGGGCGUUACGAAAUCUAUGUAUCGACGGCGGUUUCGAUAUAUGCGCUGAAAUGUAUAACAAGAAUAUCCUUGCAUCUCUCAAGACAUUUGUACCCAAGAUCUCCAAUACUCUGUCUCAAUACCUAUCUUCACCCAAAAGCGCUCCAGAGAACGCCCAAAACUUGGUAUAUGAAUUCGCCGACAAUGUCAUCACCAUCCUUUGGUGUCUUUCAGAGACUUCUAACAAAGCCAUGAAUGCUAUCAACGAGAUUUCACUCGUCCCCUUCUUGAUGUCAUUCCUUGCGUCAAGGGACAGGCUGCCAAUAUCGACUAUUACUUCCGCCGCUCAGUGCUUGUACGUACUGACGGACGAAAACCAGCCGGUCAUCGAGGAAGUCCGCUCGAACGCCGGCUACACAUCCUGCCUGCUUUCCAUCGUACGACCAGACGAACCUUCUCUAAAUGUGAAUGGAAAGAGCGAAGAAAUAUCGGAUGAUCGCCAGCUGAUGUUCCGCAUUUUAUGCUGUGGAAUCAUGAGGAACAUAUCACCUAUCCCGCCACCAUCUAUUGCGGCGACGGUAGAUCUCGAUCGCGACAUCGUCCUCCCCAUGCUUGAGCCAGUGCUUUCGCUGGUUUCGCUGCCCGAGGCUGCCCAUCUCGCCCAAGAGUUGGUAGAGAAAGAGGAUUCCAUACCACAAUUGGAGAAGCUUUCAUUGAAAAAUACGCCAAAGUCCGACCACAAGACUCCUUCGGAGAUCGAGCUCGAGUGUCUAGAGGUUAAACUGCGCACUGUGCAGAUGACGCUCGAGAUCCUGACGGGCGUGUGCGCGACACUGCCUGACCCGGAGAUCGACUUGGCAAGUGUAAAUGCAGAUGGCGAAAACGAAAAUGAAGACGAGGACAUGGACAAUGAAGCUGACCUGGAUGCGGCGCCUCAGGACGAACCGACAGCCAAUCCUACGCCGUCAUCGAAUCCGACUUUAUUCAACACCCUGGUCUCACCGCUCCUUACGCUCGUACAGCCGACCGCGCUCUCCUUCCCUCCACCUAACGGGCCGUCCCCGCACCCACCAACGACAUCGGUACUCAGUGCGAUCCAUAUCAGUGCGCUCGAGUGUCUCAACAACAUCUUUCUCUCUCUUGCGCAAGCGUCCUCUCGGGGCGUGAAUCUCGGCCUAGACGCCGUGCGUGGUAAGACGGUGUGGGAUGCGGUAUGGCGCGCACUGUGUGUUGUGGGCACGGAGGUCGGCCACGCGGGGCAGGAGCGGCGGCGGGACAUGUGGGAGGUUGGCGUAGGCGUUCUGUGGGGUGCGGGGAUCGUGUGGAAGGGCACGCUCGUGCCCGAGGAGGAGCAGGUGAACGCGCUAAUGCAGCUUUGCAACGCCGCAGCGGACCAGGGCGUCAAGGUGAAGUGCAUCGGUGCCCUCGAGUGCCUCGCGCAGCACCCAUCGUCCGUCGAUGCUAAUCGGGUUAUCUUGACGUACUUGCUUUCCCUCCUCCCGCCUUCGUCGUCAUCGCCUACCCCGACAGAACCGCUCCUGCAGGCCGUCUCUGCCCUUAUCGACAUCUACUCGGACGAAACGCUGCCGUACGACGUCAACUUCCGGCAGGGGCACUUUGUGGACGCGCUCGCAGCGAGUGUCGAUGGCGUGCGGAAGGUCGUACGGGGGAUCGACCGGAAAAAACAGCGCGCACUGCGGGUGCGGGGCGAGGAGGUACGCGACAACCUCAUCGCGUUCAUCGGGUACCGGCGCGGGCUGGGGAUCUGA